UACGCCCAAACUCAGUGUACCAACCAAGAAGCUGGAGUGGAUCUUACUGUAUACUAUUAAUUCAUAGCUCAGUUUCUAUGAAAAAAAAACAUUCUUUUGAAAUGACUACAGGAUAAAUGACUGUUUUGGGGUUUUGUUGCUGCCCCUUUUUUCUGCUGACCAUUGCGUGAGUAUGUGUGUGUGUGUGUGUGUGUGUGUGUGUGUGUGUGAGAGAGAGAGAGAGAGAGAGAAAUGUCAAGAAAGAGAUGAGUCAAAACCUUUGGGGGGGCAGGAUUUCCUUCAUAUGUGUUGAGUAAGACUAAGCUCUACGCAAAGGAGACAACCUGAUGCCAUGUCACUCGAGUUCCAUACCAGUGAUCUGUGCCCUUUUGACCUGGAAUACGCCCGCAGCAAUGACAACAUCUGGAUCCCGAGUCUUCCUCCUCAUCGUCCUCAUCUCUGUCUCGCCCCUGCUUUAUUACAAUUUGUUGGACCUACAGCUCUAUUUGCAGAAAUAUCCUCCAGAUGUUCCUCACAGAAACAUCAGCAUCCUGCUGUGGCACUGGCCGUUUGGUCGCUCUUACAAGCUUGACGGAGAUAAAUGUCUUGAGAUGUAUAACAUUAGUGGCUGUUUCCUCACUGACAACACCUCCGCUUUCUCCACUGCUGACGUGGUUGUUUUCCACCACCAGGAGCUGAGCCGAGGUCUGUCUUCGCUGCCCCUGUACCUGAAUCGUCCAGCCUCCCAGCAUUGGGUGUGGUUGUCCAUGGAACCUCCUGUCAACAACGCAAACCUCUCACAGCUCACCGGCCUCUUCAACUGGACGAUGAGCUACAGACGUGAUGCAGACAUAUCCGUACCUUAUGGAAAGACCAUGCUGGGAAGUAGUGAACUACCAUUCCAGGCUGCUCCAAAUCGCUCCUGCCUUGUCAGCUGGGUAGUCAGCAGAUACCGGUUACACCAGGCUCGGGCUGCUGUUUACCAAAGUCUGAAGAAGUAUAUCCCUAUAGUGGUGUAUGGUAGGUGGAGCAAGAAACCGCUUUCAAAGAAGGGCCUGUUACCCACAAUUGCAAAGUGUAAAUUUUACCUGUCUUUUGAGAACUCUGUAGCAAAGGACUACAUCAGUGAGAAGCUCUGGAGGAACGCUUUCCAAGCGGGGGCCGUACCAGUGGUUCUCGGCCCCAAAAGGGCAACCUACGAAGCCCUGGCACCUCCUGGUUCCUUUAUCCAUGUGGCUGAUUUUAAGAGCGCAGCAGAUCUGGCUGCCUAUCUGAAGCAUGUGGCUGCAGACAGACAGGCCUAUGAGGAGUACUUGCAGUGGCACCGCAGUCACAGAAUAAAAACCUACACUGACUGGAGAGAACGGCUGUGUCAAAUCUGUGUCAGCUACCCCACUUUACCAGCCAAUAAAGUUUAUCAGGACCUGGAGAGCUGGGUCAACAGCUAAGAUUUAAUCUUUUUAUGCUUUUGGGCCGCUAAGGUGUUGUUGUUUUUUUUGUUUGGGACUGCUGAUGUUACAAUUGCUGAUGUCAAAUACCAUGCAGUAAUAAAUGUUGAAGGAUCACACGUGUUUCAGUCAGCCGUGCAGUGUUGUUAAACAAUGAGGAACUGCACACCACAGAAACAAAUCUUAAGAGGUUGGCAGUGCACUGUAUGAAAGCGGAAGUGGGAACUUGUGUGUAACCAUAAAUAUUUUCCAUUUUCCAUUUGUUGAAACCACGGAGGCAAGUUUCUCUUUAUGACAAGCUACUACUUACUGUAAACAAUGUUUCUUUAUUCCUCAUUAUCCCACCUGAAAUAUGUACUCUUCAAAAAACAGAAAGCAAAAUGAGACUGUUUUCUUUAUUUGAUUGUUGGUUGUCUGCUCAGGGCCCCAGUGUGCUUGUCUUGAUAGAGUUUGGUGAAACUACUUGGUUUAGUUUGAAAGAGUUAAUAAUAGCAGUAUCAUUAAUCUUAUUUGUAAAGCACUUUUAAUAACAUUUUCAUAAAAUACUUUAACAAUGUAUAUGAGGGACAGUAAUCAAAGUAUACAGUGAAAAGUAAAACCAAACAUGAACCCUUUUGUGGGCUCUGCAGAUCAGAGAUUCAUUUAUGCACUUUUAUGUCUCUAAUGUGUAUAUGUAUACAUCUGUCUUUGUGAAGCAUUUUGGUGUUUUUUAAAGUGCUAUAUUAAUAAAAAAAAAAUGAAAUCGAAACUUGAAACUUGAAAUGUAGCUAGCCUUGGAGCUGAACAGUGUAACACUUUUUGUAACGCAAUGUCACUUCCAACUCGUCAAAUACUGACUUUUGGUCAGUGGCCCUGCACAUCAAACUAUGACGUUUUAGGUACCUCUUUUGAAUCUCUUUUGGAUGCUCAGGGACAGCGUGUCAAUAUCUAUUUGUUACAUGCAUUAUGUCCUUUCAAAAUAAACUUCCAUGUCCACAGGAUAUGUACAGUUACCGCUUGUUGAAGGCUUAAGUGACAUCACAAAAUACCACAAACAAACUACUGAUCAUGGCAGUGGUAGACUAGCAACUCUGGUGUCAAUGGAGUCUGGCUUAGAGGAGAGCAUAGAUCAGUGGUUCUCAACCAGGGGUCCAGGGAUGCCCGGGGGUCCUUAAGAGAGUUAAAGCUGGUCCCCAGAAACAUGAGGAAUAGUUCAUCUUUAACUAUUUACUCACUACAGAAGUGAGCCCAAUGUGAGUAAGAGUCAAAAGAGAGAAUAUUUUGAAUGUCUGAUCACCCUCUGUACGUUAGUAACAACGUAGUGUGCUAGUAUGUGUAGCAUGCUACAGUAAUUACAUGACGCUAGUAACAGCUGUAUUAAUUCUAAGCCGAGCCAUGAUGUUUUUUUUUCUAAACCAACCCAGUGCUUAUAUUAAGCAACUUAAGGAAAUAAAUGUAAAAACAAGGUUUCACUUCCUUCCCAAAUGUAGCUGACAACUAUAGAAUUCUGGUCCCUAUCCCAUCUAACAACCAAAAUCUUUUCAGUGAGGUCUUAAAUGGGGGUCAGUGACCUGAUGUGUAUCAAUUUAGGAGUCCGUGACAUGCAAAAGGUUGAGAAUCCUUGGUGUAGAUAAGUUUCAUUUUUAGUUCGGCUCCCCAUCUUGAAAAUAUAUCUGCUGGGGAAGUACUGUGCAUACGAGUGGAUGAAUGAGAUAAGAGCCCUUUUUGCGAGACAUUUUUAUGGCCCAAGCUUGGCCUUAAAAGGGCCUGGAUCCUAUUGCUUUUGUAGAGAUUAUCACUAUCUUUUCUACCAUGUAACUGCAUUUGAGAGGGGCUUAGAACGCUCAUAAAACUAACAAAAAUUUGCAUACAGAUUAGAACUGGUAAAAAUUGCAAAGUUCUGCAGUGAUUGGGACUGGCGGGCUCCAUAGUGCCCCCAAACACAGGUCAGCUUUGGGAUAAAGUUACUCUGAUCAUCUUGUGUUUUGUCCACUGCUGUU